UUUCCUGUUAUUUUUACCAGUCAACAACAAAUUUCCAAAAUAUUGAAAAGAGAAUUGAUACAAAAUUGGAAUUGGAUGACUUGAGUUAUUCUGAUAUUGAUGGAGAAAAGGAAGACAUGGAUGUUUGCAUGGAUUCAAAUGAAGAGUUACAUGUAGUGAUUAAGACAGAAAAACAGCAGACCAAAGAUGAACAAGAAUCUUUUGGCCAGGAAACUAUGUUUUUUAACACAAGUAAUAUUUUACCUGUUAAACAUGAAACUGAUGAGGAUGCAGGAGAAAUGUACAUUUGCAACACAGAGAAUUUGCAAUUUUGUAAAAAUGAAGGGGAGAUAACUGUAGAUAAGAUACAAUCAGGGGAGACAAAUGUGGAUAAGACACUGAUAGGGGAGACAACUUUGCUUAAAAAAAAUGGGAAUAAAUUACUGAAUUCUAAAAUCAAUAAUGAAAAAGUUAAAACAAACAAAUUCUUUUGUGAGCAGUGUGGGUCGAGUUUUAGUUUUAAAAGUGGUUUAAGUCGACAUGUUAUUAAAGCGCACAGGAACAGAAUUUCCAAAAAUAAUGAAAUGAGUAGGGAUGCAGCUUUAGAAUUUUGUCCAGAGAAAAUACACAACCACUUGAUCAAAGAUUUAUCAGUUUCUGAUAUAAAAACAAGGUUAAAAGCAAAUUUUGGAAAAAAACAUGAUUCGAUUAAAUUUCCUUGUGACAAAUGUUUUGAAACCUUUGAUACACAAAAGUUGUUGAAAAGACAUGCUAAAUCUCAUGUAUUUUCAUGUGAAGUUUGUAGGUUAUCAUUUACUGGUAAAAAAGAAUUGGAUCGACACAGAAUUGACUCGAAUCACAAUCCAACAUAUGCUUGUUCCGUGUGUUCUUCAGUUUUUGAUACUGAAAAACAAGUAAUGAAACACAUGAGGCUCCAUACGGGGGAUUCUGUCAAUGAAUGUGAAUUCUGUCUGAAAACAUUUAAUCAAAAACACCAUCUUGUAAAUCACUUGCGACAACAUACGGGAGAAAAACCAUUUGAGUGCCUUCUUUGUGGUAAAAAAUUUAGACGAAAGGCAUAUCUUCAAAUUCACCAAAUUUCUCAUACUGGCGAAAAAUUAUUCAAAUGUGAUAUCUGUUCUGUGAGUUUGUCUAGCAAAUGGAGUUUACGAUGUCACAUGAAAACACACAAAGAAUAUGCGAAUAGUCGGGAUAUGGUUGACACCCUCCAGUAUCCUUGUGAAGAUUGUGGGAUGGCUUUCAAAAGAAACGAUGCUCUUGCAAAUCAUAAAAUGAAAGUACAUACAAAUGAACGACCAUUUAAAUGUUUAGUUUGUGGAGUGGGGUUCAGGAAAGGGUCUCAUUUAAUGAACCAUUCCCGCCUCCACACAGGAGAAAAACCAUUCAUGUGUGAAUUGUGUGGUCAAAAGUUCAGACGACCUUCAUAUCUAAGAGAUCAUGCUCGAUUGGUUCAUGGUCAAGAACAACCAUUCAAGUGUGAAAAAUGUCAGAAGCCAUUUAUGACCGAAAAUACUCUCCAGAAGCAUCUAAUUACCUGCACACCUGGAAAACCUAAAAAGACAUACGAAUGUCACAUUUGUCAGAAAAAUUAUGUCAAUAAGAUUUGCUUUACAAACCAUAUCUCUAAAUGUCAGAAAAGUUCAGGGGAAGAUUUCUGCACCUGCGGUAUGAAAAAGCCACCAACAGAAUUGAAAAGUCAAAACGUCAAAAAUGUUGAAUCUGUUAACAUGGUAGAAGAAAGAACAAAAAGAUUGAAUGACAGGAUCUCAGAUAAAAAGACCCCAAGCUUAAAAAGUGUAAAUAACAAAAGACUGAAACUCAGUAGUGAAACAUGUAUAGACAAUAAAGAUGUAGAAGAUAUGAACGAUACAGAUUAUGAAAUUGAUAAAAGUUCCAGGAUCUCAGACAAUGUUGGUACAGAGAUAUAUUCUGAAACAAAUUCAUGUCAGGAUGAAAAUUCAAAUGGACCAUCGGCAGAAAACAAUACUAUGCCUCAAACAAAUUGGUGCAAGGAAGAAAUUUCGAAUAAAUUAUUGGUAGAAAACAAUUUUGAAAAUGAAGAACUGAUAGACAACUGUGCACCUAAUUUUAGUUGUGAAAGGUGUGGGAAGCCAUUUAUGGUUACUUAAACACAAAUGGGAAGCACUUAAGGUGGUUCCUAACAUUACAGGGAGAUAACUCUGUAAAAUCAGCUUAACGUUUUAAUAACAUUGUGUUGUUUAGGGAAUAUUUAGCUUCUCAAUGAUCAACAUUAGUGUUUGUCAAACUGCUAUAUAAACAGUGUAAUUUUUCUGAUAAAAUGAUUGGUUCAAAUUUUUUGAAGUUUUUUAUAUUUUUGUCAAAGGGUCAAAGUAAAUACUUUGUCAAAAUUUUAUGAAAAUUAAACGAGCCAAAUUAAUUUAAGGGAAGGGUUGGGUACUACCUUAAGAUCAAAUAUCUAUGUCAUGUAUGUGGGAAGCACUAAAGGUCAAAUAUUUAUAUGGUUUUUGAAGGUCAAAUAUACACAUAUGAUUUAUUUAUAUUUGCUGUGGCUUGAGAAAAACCUGAUAUUUGGUAAACUUUUAGUAGCAAAAUUCACUAAGACAAAUAUCAAAGGUUGAAAUAUAUACCAAAGUUCUAAUAGAGCAGUCCAUGUACAUUUUGUAAGGUAUAAAUAUCCUAGUUUACAAUAUGUUUGUCAAAGGGAAAUAAUCCAAAUAAUUCUAUUUACAAAAGAACUUUCAGUACCAAAUAAAUGAUAACAAAGGACUCUAGAUCAGCUAUUGCAAAUGUUGGUAAAUUACUAAUUGAAUAUGAUAAAUGUAUUCAUGUAUAAACAGUCAAGGGUCUAACUUAAAUAAGUUAUUAGAGAAAAAAAACAUACAUGUUGUUAUUGUGAGCUAAAAUAUCCAAAAACUGUGAUAACAUAUGUAUGUUACAUGUUUCAAAGGGAAAAUAUACAACCUUUAUUUUGUUAAAUUUUUCUCAAGUUCCAUUGAUAUUAUUAUUUUCUUUUUGUAAACUAAACUUUGCAAAGAUAUAACAGUUCAUAGUUUACCAAUCAUGCAUAGCACACCUACUGUAUGUCAUGUAUGUUAUUACUGAAAAUAUAUUC